GAAAAUAUACAAUACUCCAUCUCAGUGGAGAAUUGUUACCUUUAAUGCUGUCUGCUAAUAACCUUUAUAACUUUUGUUUGAUUUCAUAAGAACAAUGUAGCCAUUUGGUGUUGCCUUCCUCCAGAAUCACUUGAAGCGACUACGUAAAAUCACAUUUUUAUCAUUUCCACAAAGAAUUGGCCUAGGGAGACUUUUUGAUUCACCGAGUACUCGUAGGCACUUUAUACAUACGGACACUUGUAUGUUUCCAAUAGCAACCUCCUUCCACUCGCACCACCGUAUUUAGUAUUCAAGCCAAGUCCACUCGCACCUCCCCUGAAACCAGCACAUCAUCAACAAGUCUACCUGCCUCGCUCGCUAAAAACGCUCGAGGACUCGUACUCGACUUGUAAAGCACCCAAGACUUUUUGAUACUCAAAGAACGGACUGAACUCUGGUGAACACGUAAACAUCCUACAGUAGUCUCAACCUUAAAUGCACUGACUAGACUAGUUUCCAGAGACAUCAGUUACCUCGAGGACCAUCAGAUAACGUCCUUCAUUGAUGAUUUCUUCUGGCUAUACUGCUCUUCUUCCAAUAAUGCCAGUUGUCGAGAAAUAUCGAGAUCGAGGUCCCGUUGAUGUGAGUGGCUCGUUCAGCACAGAGGAAUUAGUAGGGAAAUCUGUAGUGAUUACUGGAGGUGAGUAAGAACCAGACCACAGUAUUCAUGAUUCAUUCAGACAGCUAACAACAUAAAAAGGAGCAAAUGGACUCGGGAAAGCUUAUGUCCAAGCCUUCGUCGAUGCAGGGUAAGAGAUAUCAAGAACCUUUGGCUACUAUAAACUAAUCAAGAACACAGAGCGUUCGUAACAAUCGGCGACAUUGACGAGACACUUGGGAAGGAAGCAGCAAGCGCCCUGCCAGGGUAAGGAGCUCUAUUUCUGUUAGUCACCCGUCCCUAAUUGUUCUCCAGGAAAGUCCAAUUCGUAAAAUGCGAUGUCCGGAAGUGGGAGGAGCAAGUGUCUCUUUUCGAGGCAGCGAGUAAAUUCUCUCUUCACGGUGGUUGCGAUAUCGUGAUCGCCAAUGCUGGGAUAGUGGGAGAAGAUGACCUUUUUCGGCUGGAUGGUAAAAUCUCUUGUUCCUUAAAUGAAGAUCACGACUUAACGGCUAACGAUUUCAUAGACCCAAAUAAACCACCAAUAAAACCAGAUCUGAGUAUUCUAGAUGUCGACCUGAUAGGCAUGCUUUACACGACCAAACUUGCAUUUCACUACUUCCGUCGGCAGCCCGUAGAAAGGUAUCGAGACAGGUGCUUGAUUUUGAUAUCAAGUAUUGCAGCUUAUGUCGGUAAGUGUGUUUGUGGAAAUUCUAUGAAAAUACCCUAAAGACCGCAUCACAUAACUCUUGAAGAUGGAAUUGAGAACUUUAUAUAGAUCAACCCGGGACACCUCAGUACAAUGUUGCAAAGUGGGGGACUAGAGCUCUUAUGAGGAAUCUCCGCCGCACAGCAUGGAAAGAAAGUAUACGAAUAAAUCUCGUUGCCCCUUGGUAA